AUGUCAUUUAGUCCCCCAGAUAACCCAGAUAUUUAUUCUCUCCUAAAUCAAAAUUAUCAAAACAAAAUCUCUUGGUCAAACAAUGGUGUAAUCGCUUAUUCAAACCCAGAUUCUUCAAAUAAAUAUAACCUAUUACUCUCCUAUCUAAGGUCUUAUAACGGUAACCAAUGGGAACUAGCUCCUCCAAAGGGUUGCUCUAUUAUUAAUUCAAACCUAAAUAACAACUCAAAUAUUAAAAACAUUAUCAAAAAUAACACUAAAAAUAAUAUCAAAACUAACAACAACAACAACAACAUCAUCAUCUCAAAUGCCAUCCCAAUUGAUACUCAAAAUAACUCUUCUUUAGAUCAAAUCUCUUAUCUUCUUUGGAGCAAUAAUGGUACUUAUCUAGCCUGCGUAGAUUCAAAAGGUAACAUGAACAUUCUAGUUUCUGGAAUAUUAAAAGACAAAGACUUUAUUGAAAACAACAAUAGUAAUACCAGCAAUAACAAAAAUAAAACUAAUACACCUUUGAAUUUUGCUUUUUUUGGCUCAUGCUUUAAUAGUCUAGAAAUCAUAUAUCAGGACACUGUCCUAACUCAGGGAAGCACUCCCCCCGAAAACUCUUACUUGAAUACCUCUCACAACAUAUACCCAUCUAAUACUUCAAUUCCAACUUUUGACAAUUACUGCUCAACUUAUAAUAUUAAUGAUUCAACACUGAACAUUGUAUCCUUAAAAUGGCUUCCUAUUGAUCAUAAUUUCAUGGCAAUCAAAUAUGCUGAAAAAUUUAACUUUUCUGAAAAUAUGAACGCAAAUGCAGAAUACGAUUUUCAAAAAUUUGGUUUUAAAUACAACUAUAUCAACUCUACCUAUAAAAACCCUGUUACUCAUCCAGUCUUGAAGAAACAUGCCUGUAUUGGGUUAAGAAAAAAUGGCGAGCUAAUUUUAUGGUAUCAAGGCGACCAUGGUUUAGAUUACAAUAAAAUUUCAACUUAUCUCGAUUCUUCAUCAGCUACCACUACUAAUAACAGUAUUAACAAUAUUAAUAAUAUUAGCAAUAUCAAUUAUAAAAGUAUCAAUAGCUUAAAUAACUCUGGCCACACCAUAAUAUCUCAUGCCGAUUUUGCUUUUCAGAUUAAUAACUCAAUCCUAUUAACUGUUUAUUGUCCAUUGAUAAAAAUCUUAAAAAUUUACUCUAUUAGAAUUUUAUGGGAGUUUUUAGGAAAUCCAAACAAUCAAACAAAAAACCAAUCAGCCUAUCAACAAGAUAAUAAUUUGGAUGAAAGAUUUCCACCAAAAUUAAUAGUCAAAAAAAUCUUAUCCGAGAAUAUUUCUUCUUUUGGUUUUGAUGGCUCAUCUCAAUGGCUUUCCUCCAUUAAAUCAAUAUCUCCCGUUUAUUUUGAAGAUAAUACCAAUUCAAACGAAAAAGUUGACAUUUUUUUAACUUUUCAAAACUCAAAUCUCAAUGAGAAAUUCAACACUCUUAUCUGUAAAUAUCACUUGGAAAAAAAAAAGUUGGGCCCCAUAAGUAAUGUAUUCUACCAAAUUAGCAAUAAUCUGAAAAAUAAUACUAAUAAGAAUAUAAAUGAUACAGGCAACAAUAAUAAUAUGAACACUAAUAUUAAAAAUACCAGGAAUAAUAAUAACACCAUUAUUACUAAUUCAAAUAUCAGUGGGUACGAAUUAUCUCUAAAGAGUCUCAUCAAAUCAUCUAGUCCAGUAUUAUCAAUUGGAACAAACAAAAUCAACUCUUUUCUUUAUUUUGCCUAUUCAAAUGGUAACAUUGAGAUACGAAACAAACACAGUUUGAAAAUAAUUGGUUAUAAAACUCUACUGGAAAACCCUGCUAAUAAUGUCAAUAAAAGAAAUGUUAUAAAUAAUGAUAUUUUAAACAUGCCCAGUACCAUUGGCAAUAUAUUUGAUGUGGGUUAUAAAUUACCAUCUGUUGGUUUUAACCCUUUGUUCUAUUCAUUUUCGCCAAACGUAACUUCAUAUGUUGUCUUAUCAUCAAAGGAUCCCAAUUUAAAACUUUUUGUUGCAAAUUUUGAUUUUAAAAAAGAACUGUUAAACUCUCCAAGGCAAAGAUUAUUAAUUGCUGUUCCCAUUGCAAUUUCCUUUGCUAGGUGCACCACAACCAAAAUUAACUCAGAUGAUUUAAUAUUGGUAGCUCAAAAUACAAUAACAAACAUUAGGAGAAUGGUUGCAUUACAUUAUAAUCCCAAAACGGAUUCCAAUAUUUGUAAAGCAUUGAUAUCUAUAAUUUUACUGGAAUGUUAUUGGAUCUUUAAUUUUAGUUUAACUACCAACGAUAAUGCAGAGUUUAUACAGGGAAAAUCGCCCUUUAGAAAGAUGUUGGAGAUACAAAUUUCACUUGGAACUUUCGAGAAUUGGAGAAGAAUCAAAAUUUCAAGAUUUGCAUGGGCAUUAAUAAAUUUAUCGCUAAUUCCAUUUGUCUUUCAAAUCUCAUUUAAUGCUAUAACAACAAUGCUAAAAAAACUACAUGGAGGUGACGAAAAAAAUAUCAAAACUAACGUUGAACUUAUUGCAAAGUUAAUCCUAUCUCAGGUUGGAUUAAUUCGUUGGUGCAUAGACUAUGUCACCUUUUUGAACCAGCAGUUGCUUCAGUUUUCUUUGGUUUUCGAUAAAGCAACUGCCUUAAGUGAGUUAUUAAUAUUUCCAUUACUGUACUCCAGGAUUCCUAGAACGUUUCUCAUAAAAAUACUAAAGAGCAUUCUCCAAUUCAAAAGAUUCUUGCAAGAACAUAUACAUUUAAAUCCAGAUUAUUUCAAUAUUUCCCCAGGCUUAUUUGUUGAACUUGAACAGCCCAUAAAUUCAGCCAAGAGUACAGUUUUGAGAAUAAUAGAUAAUUCUCCAAUUGAUUUAGCACUCUUUGAAAAGUAUCUUGAGCAGUUUGACGAAUUUAUCAAAAAGUUUAUUUCAGAUAGGAUUAAUGAGAGAAUUAACGCAAGUAAUUUGUCCAAUUUAAGUGCAGAUAAAAGAAAGCAUAUAGAAGAUAUUGAAAUAAAGAAAAUCGAAAAAGAGUUUUUUUGUCAUGGCAGUUUUCCUCAAAUCUUUUCGAAGAUUAUCCUUGACUUGUACAAGUAUGGCUACAAGGAAGUACAUGGCAAAAUGAACAGAUAUAAGUUGAUGUUUUAUGAUACUGAUUGGUUGAACCUAAGCGAGCCGAGCAACCACAGAGUGGAAAUUGGCAGUUUCAGAGGAGAAAAAAUCGAUGGUUUGAAGAAGACUUUGAUACUGAACACUCUACCAAACGAGGAGAUAAAGAAGUGCACUCGAUGUGGAUCCAUGACUGUUUUCUCUGAUAAAUUAGGUUCCCACAGUGGUAAAGCCUUUAGAAAUCCUACAUGGACGACGUUUUUCAAGCAAAGCUGCUUUUGUGGAGGAGUUUGGGCUGAUUGA